CGAGGGCGAACGGUGAGAUGAGGUGGCAUUUUGGAAUAGGCCUGGGGUUUCAGACCCUUGGCCCCUAAGCCAUGACUACACUAAGCGUCAAGCCCAGUCAGCGCUUCCAGCUUCCUGACUGGCAUAUCAACAGCUACCUGUUAUCCACCAAUGCUGAGCGGCAGCGAGAUGCUUCGCACCAGAUCCGUCAGGAAGCCCGGGUCCUCCGCAAUGAGACCAACAGCCAGACCAUCUGGGAUGAACAUGACAACAGGACUCGCCUGGAAGAGAGGAUCAAUACUGUCAACCGGUGGAAGGAGAUGCUGGACAAGUGUCUGACAGACUUAGAUGCUGAGAUCGACACUCUGACACAGAUGAAGGAAUCAGCCGAACAAAACCUGCAGGCCAAGAACCUGCCUCUAGAUGUAGCCAUUGAGUGUCUGACCCUGCGGGAGAGCCGGCGAGACAUAGACGUGGUGAAGGACCCCGUGGAGGAGGAGCUGGUUAAAGAGGUGAAGGUCAUUGAAGCCACCAAAAAGGCCUUGCAGCAGAGGAUCGACCAGGCCUUCCAGAAGCUCUGCCUUCUGCAGGAAGUCCGGCAGCAGCUCAACUCUGACCAUCGAGGCAAAAUGGAGACACUGGAUAUCGACAGAGGCUGUCUAUCUCUCAACCUCACAUCCCCAAACAUCUCUCUGAAGGUCAACCCCACACGUGUCCCCAACGGUUCCACCACACUCCAGCAGUGGGAUGAUUUCAGUCGGUUCAACAAAAACCAUGCAGAGGCCGAGAUGAAAGCCGCAGUAGAGUUGAGGGAAGCCAUCGUCCUAACUAUUGCUCAGACCAACAAUGAACUGGAAGCCCAGAGGGUUGCAACAGAAUUUGCUUUCAGGAAGAGGCUUCGGGAGAUGGAGAGUGUGUACAGUGAGCUCAGGUGGCAAGAGAAAAAUACCUUGGAGGAGAUUGCUGAGCUGCAGGAAGACAUCUGGCGCCUGGAGGAGGAUCUACAGAGAAAGAUGAUGAACUUGAAGCUGGCCCAUACCCGGCUGGAAUCCAGAACCUACCGGCCCAAUGUGGAACUCUGCGGGGACCAGACCCAGUAUGGCCUCACUGAUGAGGUCCACCAGUUGGAGGCCACCAUCACUGCCCUAAAGCAGAAGCUGGCCCAAACACAGGAUGCUCUGGAUGCCCUUUCCAAGCACCUGGCCCGGUUGCAAGCUGACAUAGCAUGCAAGGCCAACUCCAUGCUGUUGGACACCAAGUGCAUGGACACCCGACGAAAGUUGAUUGUGCCUGCUGAGAAGUUUGUUCCCCAGGUGGACACCUUUACCCGUACCACGAACCGCACGCUGAGUCCACUCAAAAGCUGCCAGCUGGAGCUGGCCUAGCCUUAGUGGCUGAGGGACAGGGGAGGUUGGGCGGGAAAU